AUGACCUCAAGUCAGGUAUACCCACCACUACCCAGCACAAUCGACCCAGAGCAUAUGCAUACAGACGCCACAGCUGGUAUUGUGGGCACUGAAUGGUACGCACCGAGUUCAUAUGCUUUCAAUGAUCCCUACAUCACGCCAUAUCCGUCGUCUACCGUUGAAAGUCAGCCAUGGACACAAUGCGCCCGUGCAUCAGUACCAGACAUUCAUCUAGGUGCUUACGGCAUUCACCAACCUCACCAACCUCAACAGCCUCAGCAACAGUACACUCCACAGAUGAAAGAUCCCGGCAGGCCCAGGAGUAGUCCAAGCACCUUUGGACCAUCACCAGAGACUAUUCAAUGGACUACCAGCGGCCUUGGAAUACAGUACACGACCGCAACAUGUGGUGUUCCGACACCUCCAGUGACAUCUACAUUCCCACCCAAUGUUUUCCAAACCUACCCAACAGAUGAUCACUACAGGGCAUCGAGCCCUCCAGAGAUCAGGCAACCACAACCCAGACGACCAUAUACAAACAUCGCACCCAACCCACAAACCGUGCACCAGAAGCGAAGACGGGAUGAGGAUGAGACGCCUGAGGUGCCCACUUCCACGUCCAAACGACGAAAGAGAACAUCGUCCGUCGCCUCCGCUGAUCUGAGCGAAGACGAUCGGUUCCUAGUCCAGCUCAAGGAAGAUGAGAACCUUCCCUGGAAGGACAUUGCCACCCGCUUCCAGACUGAGAGAGGCAAAGCCUUUCAAGUUGCAGCACUGCAGAUGCGGUACAAGCGACUGCGCGAGAAAUUUCGCAUCUGGGAAGACCAGGACGUGCAGGCUCUCAAACUUGCCCACGAGUACUGGGAGAAGUACAAGUGGGAGAUCAUUGGUGCUAAGAUGCUCGACUUCGGUGUCCACGAACGCUGGCCAGCGCGCCAUUGCGCACGCAAAUGGCAAGACCUAGAAGUCUCCCACACAACCCACGUUACAGCCGCAGGCAUGACACCUGCAUCAAUCUCGCAGUUCUCCAGCCCCGUUGAGGGGCCUGUGCAUUUUGCCUUCAUGCCUAUCCAGUGA